AUGAGUUAUAACACUACGCCUUUGUUUGGGCGACAGGAAACAAUUAAUAAAGAGGAUGAAACUGAUUUAGAAGUAUCUCCAACCAAACCACUUGAUUUAAGAGCAUCAAUAAUUAGAGCACAAAAUAGAAGCUCUUCUAAUACAAUAAGGUUUUCCACCAUCGCCCAGCGUCUAACCGAAGAAGGUAAACAUGCUUCAGUACAGUCAUCUAAUACAUAUACAUCCAACGAUACUUUUCUAACGGCUCGUUCAGAAGAGUUUCGCAGUCAGAAUGAAUUACAUUCUCAUCAAGGACAUCCUUUCUCAGCAUUUACAAAAAGUAAAGAAGCCUUGACUGACUUAAAUAGUACACCGGUAGUACAAAAUGAUCAAUUCAUAGACAAUGUCACACCUAAAGCUAAUAAUCAGGUCUCUAGCUCCCCCAGUGUCCAUGGCCACAACUCGAAUAAUCAUAUAGUUGGACUUGGGCUAAGCCAUGAUGGGCACCAAUAUCAAAAUUCAGACCAUGACCCCAAUGGAACUAUCAUUAGCGACACUGAUGACGGAAACACUACUCAAGAAUUUACUUUCGACUCUUAUGGAAAAUCUGCUCAUAAUGGUAUUUUACUUUCAGCGGGAGAAACAAUAGACACCCCAACAUCAACAAUUUCCAGAGCGAAGGAGGAAAAUGAGCCUGUUUUACAAGGUUCAACAAAAAAUGUUGGCCCUGAAGAAAAGGACGAAGAAAACUUAGCUUAUCUCUUUAUCAUAGCUGUUCAUUCCUUUAACGUUUCAUCUCUGGAAAAUAAAGAAGAUGCUGCCAUUUGCAUAUCUUUCGAGAAAGAUGACGCAGCGUUUGUUCAUAGUGUCGAUGAAUCUGGUUGGGGGGAGGUAACGUUAAUCAAAAAUAUGCAAAGAGGAUGGGUCCCAUUUAAUUAUUUUGCGGAUGCUGUAAAACAAGAAAAGCCAUCCAAAGAUAAGGAUGAACUCGAGGUAUUCAUAGAAACAAGAAAACCCCUUGAACAGCUAUUGUCAGCAAGUGCAAAGUUUAUACUUAAUCCUCAAAACAGAAAACUAGAGCAUUCAAAUCACUAUUCUUUCGACAUCAACUAUAUUAAUAGAAUACGUGAUGGUGUGAAAACUCUUUUGUUAGAAACUGACUGCGUUUCAAGAUCAAAUGACUUUGUGCAAAAGAAACCAAUGAUAAAGAAGAUGAGAAAAAGAUUAUUAGCAGAAUGGUAUAAUUUGAUGAUAAAGGCGGAUUCCUAUAAAAAUACUACGAGUACCACUAAAAUUCAAACCUUGGUCUCAUUAACAUUUGCGAUUUUGCGCAAAGCCUUCUUGUUCUAUGAAAUUUGGUGGGUGGAAAGAAGGUCAUAUGAAUUAGAAAAACAAAACUUAAACCGUGGUUUGAAUCAAUUGCAAAGACCUAGUACCACUGCUAUAAAUAACAAACCAGAGUACUAUUCAUCGGUCACAAAAUCUACCACAAGGAAAGAGUUACCAAAUCUAAAAACUCCCCCAUCGGCUUCCACUAGGCUUAAAGAAAUCCAUGAUAUACUAUUUACUUACUUUGGGCUAAUUUUAGGAAGGUUAGAUAUGAUUGAACAUAGUCCAGCUAAUUGUGAAAUAUUAGAAAGCAUUGUACAUCAAAUAAUCUUACUAUUGAGAGAACUAUUGUAUAUUAGCCAGGCGUGUUCCUCUAUCAUUCAAGAAAAGUAUAAUAGCCAGUAUGAGAACAACUUGGAUUAUAAUCUUGAUCCCCUACUCUCAUUAGUUUCCGAGUUAGUUUCGUGCGUUAAGGUUUUCGUUACACAGACAAUCAAAGAAAAAUACGAUGAUAACAACAAUAUAUUAUUGCUGGAUGACAUUUAUUACUACACAGACGAGGGUGAACAUAUGAUCUUGAUAAUAGCCCAGAUGACUAGACUAAUAAGCAACGCAGUUUCUGGUUGUAAUAAUUACUUGAAACUGAUUGGCGAUUUCCAAUUAAGUGAUGAAAGGAAGUACCCAGCCUUUUAUGAAAUAAGAAUAUCACCUGAACAAUUUAUUAAAAAAUGUUCUAAUAACAUGGUGAAGAAAUUAAAUAAAAACCCUGACCAAUUUCAUUCAUUUCUCGAAGAAAACAGAAAUAAAAUUAUAGAAUCUCCUUCGUUCUCAAAAAAGCUUGCAAGGUUUUCCACCAUUAGAUCUGGAAAUCAAAGUAACAUCUUAUCUCCCGGUGGUUCACAAAUGCUAUUAGACUACAUGCCUGACAAAAAGUCUUUCUUUGGAGAUCCACAGUUUGAACUAUUUACUCCAGAUCAGAACAAUAGUGACGAUUCGUAUCAAAUAAAUGAUACGGAAGCAAUGAAAGAAGAAAUUCUAACAGACAAGGAAGACCGUCUAAUUGGAAUUUCUUUUAGAGCUCUAGUGUUCAUGGUAACAGAUGAAAUGAGAAAGUUUGAUGAAAAGCUGCUGUUUACAUUUUUAUUGAAUUACAAGUCCUUUGGUACCAGCGAAGAAUUAUUAGAAUGCUUAAUUUUGAGGUUUGACACUAAAGGCCAGUCAACAAAGUAUGCCCUUGGAGAAAAGAACGGAACCUUCUCUUCUCUUGCAUCAAGAGUCAGAAGUAGACGUCGCCAAGUUUGUAAAGUUAUUAAUAUCUGGAUCGAAAGCUAUUGGGACUAUGAACGAGACUAUAAAUUGAUCCCAACGAUGAUAAAUUUCUUCAAUGAAGAAGUAUCACAACAUCUCCCAAUAGAGGCCAAAAUAUUGAUUGAGACGGCAGCAAAACUGGCCGCAUAUACACCAAAAUAUAUGGAGAAACAUCUAGACGGCAUUUCACAAUUAGUUCCUAGAAAUGUGAAUCCUGUGAAGAAAACGAACUCGAUGAUUUCUGUAGCAUCUUCAACAACCUCAAGUCACUCUUCUUCUACCACAGCGACCAUCGAUGAACAGUUUAUCGAAAGGUACGAGCUUACAAAACUACCCCACUCUUCUCAUAGUACUAUCUCACUUCCAGUUCCAAUUCUAAGCCUAGGAAGUUCUUCACUGCUAACCAGAAGAAAUUUGUCGGAUAUAGAACGGAUCGUUUUAAAUUAUCGCGAUAUGGUUGGCUUCCCAAAUGGUUCAAUAUCUACAAAGACUUUUGUAAGCAAUUACAGUUUAGUGCAGUUGAUAAAGGAGUGGAUGAAACUAGUGGCAAAUUCCAAAAAGCAAUCAUCACCAAGAAGUUUCAUUCACAAUGAUCUCAAUCUUUCAGAGUUGAAUCCCUUAGAAGUGGCUAAACAAUUAUCAUUGAUCGAAUCAAGUACAUUUAUUAGAAUCACACCCUCGGAAAUUUUGAAAGGAAAAUAUUCUUCUAAGAAUAUAGAUUUAUCAGACUCACCAAAUGUGAAUUGCUUGAUAACUCUCACGAACCUUCUCUCCAACUACGUUUUGGAAUCUAUUUUAACUCCUGGAAUUACUCUCAAGAAAAGGGCAGCAAGAUUAAAUGCAUGGUUAAGAAUAGCGUUAUCAGCCUUGUAUUUCAGAAAUUUUAAUACCCUUGCUUCCAUUAUGACAACAUUACAGAGUUAUGUCAUUUCAAGACUCUCAAUGAUAUGGAACAUCCUAUCUGACGAAGAUGUGGAAUUGUAUGAUUAUCUUUCAAAAAUAAUCCACCCCAAUAAUAAUUACAAAGUUUACAGGAAAAAGCUUGAUCACUUAAUUUCUGAAAGUUCUUCAUCAAAUGGUGUAAUUUCUACAAAAUCACUUCUACCAACUGUUCCUUUCUUCAAUCUAUUUUUGCAAGACCUUACAUUCAUUGAUGAAGGCAAUCCUAAGUUUAGAAAUCCAGACUCAUUCCGUCCUCAUAAACUCGUAAACAUCGAUAAAUACUUCAAGAUUACCGGAAUUGUCGCACUACUUCAAUUUUUCCAAGUGGGAUAUGAUAUGGACAGUAAAAUUUCUCAUGUAAGGAAGAGAGAUUCCUUUUUAAGUUUAACCGGUACCAUUGAUAUCGAUUCUAAGAGCAUUAAACCUGUUCCAGAACUUCAGGAAUUUAUAUUAUUUGAAUUUUGGAGAGUCAAUACGUUAUACAUAAAAGAUUCAGACAGAGCCUAUGCAUUAAGUUUGGAGUUAUUACCCAGAAAUUAG